UUCUGCUUUUUUGCUUGUUUGUUGCAGCAGUAUCAGAGGGAAGCAGUGACGGCACGGAAGGAAACAAAACAGGGCUGAGCCCCCUCCCUUCUCCAUCUGCCAAGGCUGCCCUUCCUGCAGGCAGAGGGACAGCGGAUGGCGGGCCACGUCAUGACUAUGAGGGCCAUGAUGACGACUAUGAAAUUAUAAGGUUUCCUAUCGUUCUUCCAGCAGUUGUAGCAAAGGAAACUUCUGCAUGAAUUAUUUCCCUACAACCCCACGAUGCUUGGACUUGAAUCGCUUCCAGAUCCCACAGAUACCUGGGAAAUCAUUGAGACCAUCGGUAGGGGCACCUAUGGCAAGGUCUACAAGGUGACCAAUAAGAGAGAUGGGAGCCUGGCUGCAGUCAAAAUUCUGGAUCUGAUCAGUGAUAUGGAUGAAGAAAUUGAGGCAGAAUAUAACAUUUUGCAAUUCCUUCCUAAUCAUCCCAACGUUGUAAAGUUUUAUGGAAUGUUUUACAAAGCGGACCAGUGUGUGGGAGGACAGCUGUGGCUGGUCCUGGAGCUGUGUAAUGGGGGCUCGGUCACCGAACUUGUCAAAGGUCUACUCGAAUGCGGCCAGUGUCUGGAUGAAGCAAUGAUCUCAUACAUCUUGUACCAGGCCCUCUUGGGCCUUCAGCAUUUGCACAACAACCGAAUCAUCCACCGUGAUGUCAAGGGAAAUAACAUUCUUCUGACAACAGAAGGAGGAGUUAAGCUCGUUGACUUUGGUGUCUCAGCUCAACUCACCAGUACACGCCUACGGAGAAACACGUCGGUUGGUACCCCAUUCUGGAUGGCCCCCGAGGUCAUUGCUUGUGAACAGCAGUAUGACUCUUCCUAUGACGCUCGCUGUGACGUCUGGUCCUUGGGGAUCACAGCUAUUGAACUGGGGGACGGAGACCCUCCCCUCUUUGACAUGCAUCCUGUGAAAACGCUCUUUAAGAUUCCAAGAAAUCCUCCUCCUACUUUGCUUCAUCCAGAAAAAUGGUGUGAGGAAUUCAACCACUUUAUUUCGCAGUGUCUUAUUAAGGAUUUUGAAAGGCGGCCGUCCGUCACCCAUCUCCUCGACCACCCGUUUAUUAAAGGAGCCCAGGAAAAGGCUUUGUUUUUGCAAAAACAGCUGGCCGAGGUCCUCAGAGAUCAGAAGCAUCUAAACCCUGUUGUUAAAACCAGAAUCGCCAUUUUUGGAGCCGGCAACACCAUUUUGGGAGCCGGCGGCGCCAUUUUGGGAGCUGGCAACGCCAUUUUGAGAAGCUUGAGUCUGACUACGCGUAACUGGAAAAGCAUAGGUGCGGUGAGUACAAUGGAGGCGCGAUGAGCGGGCGUUUUCUGGAAGCGAAAGGGCUGCAAUGCUUUGAGUUGCCGACCGGAGGUCGGCGAGCAGAUCGGCGGCAUGCUGCUGCUCCUGUUUAAAAGUUUCUCUAAAAUUAUCGGCGUGUAGCCGGAGAUUUUCUGUGGCUUCUUCUAAAGCGCGAAACUGGGAUAAGGGCGUGACUGGAUAAGAAUGAGAAUAUGGUUUGAGAAAAUCGGGUGCGUAAGGGGGUGGCCGAAACGGAGGAAGGGAGUUAUUUUCUAAAGAGGGAGAAAUUUUAACCUCCGGUUCCUCCAAAGAGGGAGAAAUUU